GCCGCCCGGCGGCACCGUCUCUUGCUCCUUCGUUCGCUCUCCGCGAUCAGGAAAAGCCAAGCCCGGAAACCUCAGCAACCCGCCCUCCAAGAUGAAGAAGCUCCAGGCAGCUCACCUCCGCAAGCCCGACACCCCAGACCUACUGAUGACCCCCAGUGACCAGGGCGAUGUAGACCUGGACGCGGACUUCACGGCAGAUCGGGGCAACUGGACAGGCAAGCUGGACUUCCUGCUGUCCUGCAUCGGCUACUGUGUAGGCCUGGGGAACGUCUGGCGUUUCCCCUAUCGCGCCUACACCAACGGAGGAGGCGCCUUCCUCGUGCCCUACUUCCUGAUGCUGGCCAUCUGUGGCAUCCCCCUCUUCUUCCUCGAGCUCUCUCUGGGCCAGUUCUCUAGCCUGGGACCCCUGGCCGUCUGGAAAAUCAGCCCCCUCUUCAAAGGUGCCGGCGCCGCCAUGCUGCUCAUCGUGGGCCUGGUGGCCAUCUACUACAACAUGAUCAUCGCCUACGUCCUCUUCUACCUCUUCGCCUCCCUCACCAGCGACCUGCCCUGGGAGCACUGCGGCAACUGGUGGAACACAGACCUCUGUCUUGAGCACAGAGGCUCCAAGAAUGGCAAUGGGGCCCUGCCCCUCAACCUCACCAGCACCGUCAGCCCCAGCGAGGAGUACUGGAGCCGCUAUGUUCUCCACAUCCAAGGCAGCCGGGGCAUCGGAAGUCCCGGGCAGAUCCGCUGGAAUCUCUGCCUCUGCCUGCUACUUGCCUGGCUCAUCGUGUUCCUCUGUAUCCUCAAGGGUGUGAAGUCCUCGGGCAAGGUGGUGUAUUUCACGGCCACGUUCCCCUACCUCAUUCUGCUCAUGUUGCUGGUCCGCGGAGUCACCCUCCCAGGGGCCUGGAAGGGCAUCCAGUUCUAUCUCACCCCUCAGUUCCACCACCUGUUGUCUUCCAAGGUGUGGAUCGAAGCUGCUCUUCAGAUCUUCUACUCCCUGGGUGUGGGCUUCGGAGGGCUCCUCACCUUUGCUUCCUACAACACAUUUCACCAGAACAUCUAUAGAGACACCUUCAUUGUUACUCUGGGCAACGCCAUCACCAGCAUCCUGGCUGGCUUUGCCAUCUUCUCCGUGCUGGGCUACAUGUCUCAGGAGCUGGGUGUGCCUGUGGACCAAGUAGCCAAAGCAGGCCCCGGCCUGGCCUUUGUCGUCUACCCACAGGCCAUGACCAUGCUGCCCCUCUCACCCUUCUGGUCCUUCCUCUUCUUCUUCAUGUUGCUGACCCUCGGCUUGGACAGCCAGUUUGCCUUCCUGGAGACCAUUGUGACAGCUGUGACAGACGAGUUCCCCUACUACCUGCGGCCCAAGAAGGCUGUGUUCUCGGGGCUCAUCUGCGUGGCCAUGUACCUGAUGGGGCUGGUCCUCACCACCGACGGCGGCAUGUACUGGCUGGUCCUUCUGGACGACUACAGCGCCAGCUUCGGACUAAUGGUGGUGGUGAUCACCACGUGCCUCGCUGUCACCCGGGUGUAUGGCAUCCAGAGGUUCUGCCGGGACAUCCACAUGAUGCUGGGCUUCAAGCCGGGCCUCUGCUUCAGGGCCUGCUGGCUGUUCCUGUCCCCAGCCACGCUCCUGGCCCUGCUGGUGUAUAGCAUCGUCAAGUACCAGCCCUCAGAGUAUGGCAGCUACCGCUUCCCAGCCUGGGCGGAGCUGCUGGGCAUCCUGAUGGGCCUGCUGUCCUGCCUCAUGAUCCCGGCCGGCAUGCUGGUGGCUGUGCUGCGAGAGGAGGGCUCGCUCUGGGAGCGGCUCCAGCAGGCCAGCCGGCCAGCCAUGGACUGGGGCCCGUCGCUGGAGGAGAACCGGACGGGCAUGUAUGUGGCCACGCUGGCCGGGAGCCAGUCGCCCAAGCCACUGAUGGUGCACAUGCGCAAGUACGGGGGCAUCACCAGCUUCGAGAACACAGCCAUCGAGGUGGACCGUGAGAUUGCAGAGGAAGAGGAAUCCAUGAUGUGAGACAGAAAGCAGGCAGACCAGAGGCCCUGCCAUCCCCAAGCGUAGCUGUGCGCCCUCUGGGGUUCUGAGAGGCCUGAGGCUGUGCGAGGUUGCCAUGGUGAUGCCAGUUCUCGAAGCAAGUUCCUCUUUGUGGCCUCUGCCUCUCUUGAAACCUCUGUCUACCCCCCCCCACACACACACACCCCACCUGAGAAUGAGACAGCACAGCCCUUCUCAGAAGGACAAACUGAAGCCAGGGAGGAGGGACUUGUCCAAGGUCACAUGGCAGAGGGGACUGGACCCCAGGCCUCCUGACUAGCCAGCUCCCUUUCUCCUGUGGCAGCUGGCACCUCCCUCUCAUCUCUGUUCAGGGCUCAGCCCCCUCCCUUUUCUCAGGGAGCCUGCCCCAUACAAUUCAACGCAGCCAGAAUCUUAAGCCAGGCGGGGAUGCUCAGGAUGUCAUGAGGCCGUUGAGGCCCCAGGCAUUGAAGAUUAGCAAAUCGAGUGGGAGAAAGAUCCUGGUGGGUUCAUAUGUAUGUGCGCAAGUGCCAGGUUUUCUGAAAGACGUGGGACCUGAGGGCCCUGGAGGUUGGACGAGUUUGGAGAGAGAGAGAGGAGGGCAGUAUGGAGAGGGCCUCUGGCCAAGGCACUGACCCAACCCAGGUGUGAAGGUCAGAAUGUAGCCCCCUUCUCUUCCCCUGGGGCCAGGAGGCGCCCUGGGGAGAGACCAAGGGCAUGUGAGCAGGGGGAGUGGCGGGAGAAACAGGUGUUACCAGGUUACAAUAGGAUUCAAGUGGGAAUGAAGAUUGAUGGUGGGUUGGGGGGAGCCGGGGACGGGGGUGGGGGUUGGGGGGGUACUGGGCAGGGGAUUUGCAUGAUCUGGUUGUGCUGUAGGUAGAACGUCCUGGGUCAGUGUGCGGGGUGGAACAGAGGGGACGUGGUGGAGGUGGGAGGGCUGCAGAGGGCCAGUGCCCAAGCUUGGGCGUUAACGGGUGGGGCUGGGGAAAGAAGGAGAAGCCCACAGCUUCCCUCUCUGGACCCCAUGCCCUCCAGGGAGG